GUUCCUCAAUCCUUAUCAAGUAUCCUUAUCUUGACCACUAUGGUCUUAGGGGGGUGGAAAGACACUGACAACCCCAAAAUCACAGGAAAGGGGAUUGCUGAGCCAAAACUAGCUGAGCCAGAACCAAGUGACCCAGAAACAAGUCCCAAACCCAACGGUAAACGUCACAAAAAACGUGAAUACCCAGCUGCCCAACCGCAGCCCAAUAAGUCGGAACCAUUUCCAUACCCAGGGGAUGAUGACUGGCCAUGUGAUCUGGAAGACGCUACAGCCAGAAGUUCCUCCCAGAACAACGAGGAGGAAAAAAGACACGACGCACGCAUGGCUGAGAUAGCUCAACACUCAGAAUAUGAGAGAUCCCAAGAAGAAGAAGAAGCCGAGAAGAAAAAGGUUGCAGAGUUCAGAAAUCUCCAAUAUGCCUUCCUUUGGACAAGCCAAUUCUGGUCUGCAGAUAAUCGAGGUGACCAGGAUCAGAACAAGAUCGAUGAGUGGAAGACGAUGAUGGACCGGUUGACGAAGUGUGGCAUUGGAUCCAGCUAUGGCGCAGCUCUAGAUUCCAUCCGCAAGCAGGACUGGUCCUCUGCUAGCACAUCUGUUGAAUCGGUGAAGAACGGACUCGACGAACACUGUCGUGGAAAGAGUUUCACGGUUAUACAGAGCAUCAUGGGGAAGCUUUCACAAGAAAUCGAAAAAUGUAGGACGGAAAUGAGUAACAACGGCAAGGAGGGCACGGAGAGCAAGGAGGAAGAGAAGGAAGGUAGAGAAGGUGAAAGGGGGAAAGAGGGCAAUGGAGACCACGGAGGAAACAAGGGUGAGCAGUUACAAGCUGAGAUCAAAGGGUAUUUGAAACAACUACGAAAAUAGCACAAAGCCAAGCGGCCGAGAACAGAGUAGGCAUCUGCUGGGGGUGGAGACGAUGAAGAAGUGGCUCUUAUAGAAGCUCAAGAAGGUGAAUUUCCUAUCCGAUACACAUAAUUUCACGUCGUUUGGCUGCU